CUUUCUCCUGGGCUGGGCAGAAGGCAAAGGACCCAAGACACUCAGCCCCACCUCUGGGGCCAAAGCUAAGAUUUGAGCAGGUCACAGGAAGAUGGACAAGCAGAUCCUCCUCAUUCUCCUGGUCACAGCCUGCAGAAAUGUGAUGAGAGCCUCUGCAGAGACAGAGGACUUCUCCCAGACUUCUCCCCUCUCAAGGGCACAAGAUGUUCGUCCACGCAUUAAAAGAGACUGGAUUUGGAACCAAAUGCACAUCCAGGAGGAGAUGGCUGGCACACUCCCUCAUCAUGUGGGCAAGAUCACAUCAAGUGUGAACAGGAAAAAUGCCAGGUAUGUUCUCAAAGGACCCGAGGCCGGCAAAGGCAAACUCUUUAGAGUCAAUGAACACACUGGAGACGUGUAUGCUUUUGAGAGGCUGGACCGGGAGAAGAAAUCCGAAUAUUACCUCACAGCGUAUAUUGUGGACAAAGAUACCAACCAGAACCUGGAGCCACCUUCCAACUUCACCAUCAAAGUUCAUGACGUGAACGAUAAUGUCCCUGAAUUUGCGCAGAGACUUUUCAAUGGCUCAGUUCCAGAGAUGUCAGCUGUUGGAACUUCAGUCACCAGAGUCACAGCAGUGGAUGCAGAUGAUCCCACCGUAUUAGGACAUGCCUCGGUUACCUACAAUAUCAUUCGAGGCAGAGAGUAUUUCACCAUCGACGGUUCCGGCACCAUCUUCACAGCUGUACAUAACCUGGAUCGAGAAAAACAGUCAAAGUAUGAGAUUGUGGUGGAAGCCAAAGAUGGUCCAGGACUCCAUGGGGAGUCCAGCACAGCCACAGUAAUCAUCACUUUGAGCGACAUCAAUGACAAUUUCCCAAUCUUCACUGAAACAAAUUACAAAUUUGUGGUUCCUGAAGAUAUCCGAGUGGGAAGCUCCCUGGGGUCCCUGACAGUCGAAGACCCUGAUGAGCCUCAGAACCGAAUGACUAAGUACAGCAUCGUCCAGGGAGAAUACAGGGACACCUUCAUCAUUGUGCUUGACGCUUCCAGGAACGAAGGCAUCAUCAAACCCAUGAAGCCCCUGGACUAUGAGCAUAUCAAAGAAUAUAGCUUCAGCAUCGAGGCUACAGACCCAACAAUCAACCUCCGGUACCUGAAUAACGCUCCCCCAAAGAACUUAGCCCUUGUUCACAUCAAUGUCACGGAUGUAGAUGAACCACCAGUCUUCUCACAACCUUUCUACCACUUCAAAAUGUCGGAAAACGAAAGGGUGAACUCAGUUGGCUCAGUGUUGGCCAAGGACCCCGAUGCAGCUCAACGGAACAUUGGAUACUCCAUCCGGAAGACCAGUGACAGAGGACAGUUUUUCAGAAUCACCAAGCAAGGUUACAUUUCCAAUGUGAAGGAAUUGGACCGAGAAAUCUACCCUUGGUAUAACCUGACUAUUGAAGCCAAAGAGCUGAACGCUCAUGGGAACCCCACUGGCCUAGAAUCCAUUGUACAAGUUCACAUUGAGAUCCUGGAUGUGAAUGACAACGCUCCAGAGAUUCCGCACCCCAACGAUGCCAAAGUGUGCGAGAAUGCCGCCCCUGGAAUAUUAGUCUCAAGGAUCUUGGCCAUUGACAAGGAUAUAACACCGCCAGACGUGAAGUUCAAAUACUCCCUGAUUAAAGAGGACAGCAAUUUCACCCUGACAGAAAAUCGAGACAAUUCAGCCAACAUCACAGUGAAAUACGGCCAGUUUGAUCGGGAAAGAGCCAAGGUUCACUACCUUCCCGUGGUUGUUGCCGACAAUGGGAGACCCAGCCUUACAGGCACCACCACUCUCACCAUCACAGUCUGCAAAUGCAAUGACCGUGGGGAGCCCACGUUCUGUGAGGAGCCAGAAAUGCAGGUUGGAGUGAGCAUCCAGGCACUCGUAGCAAUCUUUCUGUGUAUCCUCACCAUUGUCGUGAUCACGGUGCUGAUCGUCCUUCGCCGGAGGCUGAGGAAGCAGGACAGAGCCCAAGGCAAGAACGUAGCAGAAAUCCAUGAGCAGCUGGUCACCUACGACGAGGAAGGUGGUGGGGAGAUGGACACCAACAGCUAUGACGUCUCUGUGCUCAACUCAGCCCGCAAGAGCAGUGGCAAGCCCCCGGGAGGGAAGCCACCCAGACCCGCCUUAGAUACACGGCCGUCUCUCUACGCUCAGAUCCAGAAACCUCCCAGGCCAGCUCAGCCUCAGGCAGUAACCGGAGAGAUGGCCGUCAUGAUCGAGGUGAAGAAGGACGAGGCGGACCAUGAUGGCGGUGGGCCCCCGUAUGACACGCUCCACAUCUAUGGCUACGAAGGCGCCGAGUCCAUCGCCGAGUCACUCAGCAGCCUCGUCACAGACUCCUCAGACUCAGACAUUGACUAUGAUUUCUUGAAUGACUGGGGACCCCGGUUCAAGAUGUUAGCUGAGCUCUAUGGCACUGAGCCUAGCCAGGAAUUAAUAUAUUAAAGUCACCACUGACCGGGGGGGCCGUGAGGGACAGGGGCUGUCAGAGGCCAGUCCAGUCACAAUUGGCACAGAACUCCGAGUUCUCACACUAGGGAUCAACAAAACCCUUUUCAUUUGGAUCCUGGAAAUCAGCCCCUUGUAAGGAAAAGAUGCCCAAGGUCACCUGAAACUAUAAGGAUAGACAUAGCCAGUUUUGAAUGUCUUGAACAUGAUAGAUAACUCAAUAAUGGUUUGUGGAAUUCACUUGAGUUUGGAAGAUGAAGAAAAACAACCGAGUGUAAUCACAUACCACAUCCCACAUUUAUCCACACCUCUGGAGAGGCACUGGGGUGUACCAGAAAAAAUCCUGGAUUUGGACCCAAGUUCAAAUUCUGCCUCUGCUAUUCACUACUUGUAAAUGUGAAAAAGUCAGUUCCCUCUUUUGUAAGAUGAAGCGAAUGGGCCAGAUGAUCUCUAAGGUCCCUUCCAGCUCUGAAUCCUGGGAUUAUGUGAAAAGCCUGGCCAUCCUGACAGUGAAGGCACCACUGUCCACCUGAUGGCAGAUACCAUGUAAGAUGACAAAUUUCCCACUUCUCCAUGGUUUGCUGUGCAACAAACAAAGCAAGGGCUAACGGCUCCAUCCCAUGCAGAGAUUUAGGAGAGAAGUCUCAGGGGAAACCAUACUGACUGUAUUUGCUUUGCUUCAAAUUAGCACAAAGCUUUGCUAACAAACCUCCAUAUAUCACUCUUACUUCCUCUGAACCUGAGAUACAAGAAGGACGUUCCUCUUACACCACAUUCAGUUCCUUAAAUCUGCUAACGCCAGGCAUUGUCUUCAGACUUUGGAGGCUGAAGCGGUUUAAAUUCUCAGGUGUUUCCUUAAGAAAUAGCAUCUUUCUGGCCUCAGACACUUCCUAGCUGUGUGACCCUGGGCAAGUCACCUAACCUCCUUUGCCUAGCUAGCCCUUAC